AUGGAUCCGAAGUUCUACCACACAGCCACACCCUGCCAUGGAUCCGAGUUCUACCACAGAGCCACACCCUGCCAUGGAUCCGAGUUCUACCACAGCCACACCCUGCCACAUCCUGCCACACAGCCACACACCUGGAUCCGAGUUGCCAUAUCCACACAGCCACACCCUGCCAUGGAUCCGAGUUCUACCACACAGCCACACCCUGCCAUGGAUCCGAGUUCUACCAGCCACAGCCACACCCUACCACACAGCAUGGAUCCGAGUUCUACCACACAGCCACACCCUGCCAUGGAUCCGAGUUCUACCACACAGCCACACCCUGCCAUGGAUCCGAGUUCUACCACACACAGCCACACCUUGCCAUGCCAUGGAUCUGAGUUCUACCACACAGCCACACCCCAUGCCAUGGAUCCGAGUUCUACCACACAGCCACACCCUGCCAUGGAUCCGAGUUCUACCACAGCCACACCCUGCCAGCCACACCCACAGCCACACCCCAUGGAUCCGAGUUCUACCACAGAGCCACACCUUGCCAUGGAUCCGAGUUCUACCACAGAGCCACACCUUGCCAUGGAUCCGAGUUCUACCACAGAGCCACACCCUGCCAUGGAUCCGAGUUCUACCACAGAGCCACACCCUGCCAUGGAUCCGAGUUCUACCACACAGCCAGAGCCACACCCUGCCAUGGAUCCGAGUUCUACACAGAGCCAGCCACUACCACCCUGCCAUGGAUCCGAGUUCUACCACACAGCCACACCCUGCCAUGGAUCCGAGUUCUACCACAGAGCCACACCCUGCCAUGGAUCCGAGUUCUACCACACAGCCACACCCUGCCAUGGAUCCGAGUUCUACCACACAGCCACACCCUGCCAUGGAUCCGAGUUCUACCACACAGCCACAUCCUAA